CUCUUCAAUUCGUCCUUCCUAUCGGAUCCGAACGGCGGCGCAAAAAAAAGCCGAUUGAUCGGAGGUGAGCUAUGGCGGUGAAGGUGAACAAGGCUGAGAAGAAGCUCUCGUACCACUCCAAGAUCUGCAAGCUCCUGGACAUGUACUCCCAGAUACUGAUCGUCGGAGCCGACAAUGUCGGGUCCAAGCAGCUCCAGGAGAUCCGCGCCGGCCUCCGCGGCGACUCCGUCAUCCUCAUGGGUAAGAACACCAUGAUGAAGCGCUCCAUCCGCGUCCACGCGGAGAACACCGGCAACUCUGCGAUUCUCGCCCUCGUUCCUCAUCUCGUCAACAACGUGGGCUUGAUCUUCACCAGAGGAGAUCUGAAAGAAGUGAGCGAUGAGGUCUCCAAAUACAAGGUCGGAGCGCCGGCGAGGGUUGGUCUUGUUGCUCCGGUAGAUGUGGUUGUUCCUCCGGGAAACACUGGACUUGAUCCUUCCCAGACCAGUUUCUUUCAGGUGUUGAACAUCCCUACAAAAAUCAACAAAGGUACAGUGGAAAUCAUAACCCCAGUGGAGCUGAUCAAGAAGGGGAACAAGGUGGAGUCCUCCCAGUCAGCCCUUCUCUCCAAGCUGGGCAUCAAACCGUUCUCCUACGGUCUGGUCGUUGAGAAUGUCUACGACAAUGGAUCCGUCUUCAGCUCAGAGGUUCUUGACCUGACCGAAGACGAUCUGGUAGUGAGGUUUGGUGCCGGGUUGACCAAUGUCAUCUCCCUGUCUAUGGCUCUUUCCUACCUUACGCUUGCUGCAGUCCCUCACAUUGUCAUCAAUGCUUACAAGAACAUCCUGUCUUUUGCUUUGGCAAGUGAUGACUACUCUUUCCCGCUCGCCGACAAGAUCAAAGAGUACCUAAAGGAUCCAAGCAAAUUUGCUGUUGCUGCUGCUCCUGCACCAGUUGCAGCAGCUAGUGAAUCUUCAGCUGCUCCUGCCAAAGAGGAGAAGAAAGAAGAACCCGAGGAGUCUGAGGAUGAGGGUGGCCUUGGUGGGCUGUUUGAUUGAUGAAUUCCCUUUCAAAACUUCUGAUUUGCAUUAUGUUAGCUAUUACUUUGUAGGAUUUGGUAUCGGGAUGCUUUUAAGAGACGUGGUUUUUGUUUAGUUGCAAAAUUCGCCAAGUGAAUAUGUUGAUCUGAAAAAACAAGUCUGCCCAAACAAAUGAUCUAUCAUUCG